CUCAUUUAUAGACUACGUGUUCGCCUUAAACGCUCUUCAUUCCUUACCGGUGAACGACGGACUUGAAACAUGGCCGAUCCUGGUGGAGACCCCUCAUACUUUUCACUCUUCGUCGGUGACUUGCCGCCGGAGGUGCAUGACCACUUUCUAGAGUCCUUCUUUCGACAAUACUUCCCAUCGGUCCGGAGUGCUAAGGUCAUGACGGACCCCAUGACGGGCCGCUCCAAGGGCUACGGCUUCGUGCGCUUCGGACUGGAGGCAGAGCGGGACCGAGCGGUGGGCGACAUGAACGGCGUCUUCAUCUCCUCACGACCCGUCCGCGUCAGCCUGGCCACCGCACGGAGAGCGGACGGCGGACCCAUGGUUCCAGGCGGCGGCAGUCGCGUGCCGGGCGCACCGCCAGGCGCCGGCGGCGGCGGCGGCGGUGGGCCGCCGCUCUCGGGCGAGUUGGACCCCAACAAUACCACGUUGUUCAUUGGCGGGCUGGCGCCUGGGGUUUUGGAGGAUCAGUUGCGGGCGGUGUUUGGGCGGUACGGCGAGAUUAUUUAUACCAAGAUCCCGCCCGGCAAGGGCUGCGGAUUCGUACAGUUCAUUGACCGGCAGGCGGCUGAGUACGCGAUGCAGGAGGUGAACGGUCAGAUCAUUGGGGGCUCGGCGGUGCGGAUAUCCUGGGGAAAGAGCACCGGGAAAGGCGGCGGAGGAGGAGGGUACGGCGGAGGCGGAGGCGGUGGAGGGUCUGGAGCGUAUGGGGGUGGAGGAGGAGGAGGGUAUGGGGGUGGAGGUGCAGGCGGAGGAGGCUACGGAGGCGGGUACGGCGGCUACGAUGCUGGGCCGUACGGUGGAGGGUACGGAGGUUAUGAUCCGUACGGCGCUGCGCAGUACGGCGGCUAUGGAGCGGAUCCGUACUCGGCCUACUACACCUCCGGCAUGUACCACCCUGCCGGUGCGGGCGGUACGGCAGCGGGCGGUGCAGCAGCGGCUGGCGGCAGCGGUGCCGCAGCUGCUGCCCCCCUGGCGUUGUUCGACCCCGCUGCGCCCGUGAGUGUGGAGAAGCUGAAUGCGGCGUACGUGCAGCGGCACAUGCCGGGGUACACGGGGAGCUACAUGGGGCUGGUCAGCAGCUAGCGGUCAGCAGCUAGCGGGGGGUCAAAGACUGUACUGAACCAGAGGAGGCCGCAGGUUAGGGCAAAGCAAUAGGGGGAGUGGCAGGGCGCGGGGGGAGGACCGGGGGUAAAGAGGAAACGACCAGCGGAUUGUGUGACAAGGCGUCAUCAUGGUUUGCAACAUGUGAGCCACCCCGGGCCGAGUUUGGGGUUCGGGAGGAGGGCGCUGAGAAGCGGGUGACACUGGUGAGGUGGCAUGGGGGAGGGUGCUGGAGGAGCGUUGAGUGGUUGUGAGGCGACUGUGAGGGGUGUGGUUGGUGGCCGUGCGGGCCAGCUGGACGGCAGCCUGGUGGGGUCUGGGAGCGGUGAAGCUGUGAUGUGGAUGGAGGUGUUGGGAAGGCUUUUGCCGGUUGCAAGGUGUGCAGGUGUGCGCUUUCCUGCCGUUCGCAGGGAUCCUGAACACUAAGGCUAAGGCGCGCAGUGGACACAUGGCGGUGUACAUUCCGUACAGCUUACUGUAACGGCACGGAUUACUGUAACUAGACACACAUGCGCGACACACCGGUAUUGCAUGUUGGCGGGAUGCGGUGCGGGCUGUGGUAGCACCUUGGGAUGCCUAGGAUGCUGCAGCCGGUGCCUGUCGUACUGCAGGUCAUGCAUCCAGGGUGGUUGUGGGGCAGCAGCUCGCCCUCUCGCGCUCCUUGCCUAUCGCAAUAGAUCACAAUACCGCUUGGAUGACCUCUCUGGUUGUUCGGAUGUGUGACCCACCAUCGGCAGUAUGUCAGAUGGUGUUGGAAGCAGUUCAGUCUGGGUAGUGCAGAACGUUGGAGCAAACUAAGCGCUGAGCCGCCCACGUCUCUCAUAUCUCUUUCGCCUUUUACUAAAGAGAUCAGCGAGUGCGGCUCACGAAGGCGCAUAUCUCCAAUAUUUGUAAGGCUUUUGCCUUCCCCAAUGCAAAGGCAAGUGUGGACUUAGGUGAAAAUUUACCACACAACAAGUAACUUGUUGUGUUGUUGUAACCAUUGUGUGGACGACUGGCGUGUAACUUGUUGCUGGGCUGUGCUAUGGGACGCUGUGAGUCCUUAGGGGCUGCAUGAUUUAGAUUGGGCGUCUGGUGGGAUCAGUUCGGCGUCGUGGUAACGUGCCGCUUGGCCGGAAAUGUAUGGGGGGAAGCUAAAAAGGCGAAGGGUCCGCAAGCGUAAAGAGGAGUAUGGCAGCUUUGGGACGAAGCCUGGUACUGCUGAAGCUUGUGUCCCGGUAUAAACGUAUCAAUUAACAUGCGGCUGCUGAUUAGAUGAGUU